AUGUAUGUAUGCGCCGGGACGUGUUUUUGCUGUUUCUGUUUUUCCUUUUCUUCUUCUUCGAGCGCUUUUUUCAGUUUCGUUACUUUUACAUUUUCCGUCUCUAACCAAAAUAUAUAUUUUUUUUUUUUUGCUCUUUUUCUUGUUACCCUGCUUUAUCUCCUAUACAUCUUCUUCUUCUUCUUCUUCUUCUUCUUCUUCUUCUUCUUCUUCUUCUUCUUCUUCUAUCAUCCGUUUAAACCUUUUUUUCUAUUUGAUUUGGAUUUUUAUUAUUGUUGCUAUCUUCCUUUUCCAUCUCUGCAUCUCUUCUUCCUACUCCACGUCUUCUUUACUUUCUCUUUCUCCUCAACCUUUUGUUCUUCUCCUCCUCCUCCUCCUCCUCCUCCUCCUCCCUCCUCCUCAUCCUUUUCUCCUUGUUCUUAUCUUCUUCGUUUUCCUAUUUCUUACUAUUGGUUCUUUUCCAUUCUUUUCCUUCUCCUUCUUUUUUACCUUCUUCUUCUUCUUCUUCUUCUUCUCUUCCUCCCCCUCCUACUCCCCCUCUUCAUCUUCUUCUUCUUCUUCUCUUUCUACUCCUCCCCCUUCUUCUUCUUCUCUUCCCCCCUUCCUCCUCCCUUCUUCUUCUUCUUCUCUUCCUCCCCCUCCUCCUCCUUUUUCUUCUUCUUCUUCUUCUUCUUCUUCUUCUUCUUCUUCUUCUUUUCCCUAGAAGGUGUGUCAGUACAAGGUGAUCGAAAGCUUCCUCCUCUUCUUUCUUUUUUUUUGUUUGCUUCUUCUUUUUCUUGCUUCUUCUUCUUCUUUUUUUCUUCUUCUUCUUCUUCUUCUUCUUCUUCUUCUUCUUCUUCUUCCGUGUGGAUUCUUUUAGCAGAAUAUUAUUGUUAUUGCUAUCUUUUUUUCCACCUCCAUCUUUCUCUCUUCUUCUUCUUCUUCUUCUUCUCCUUCUUCUUCUUCUUCUUCUUCUUCAUUGAUAUCAUCGUCUACUAA